GGAGUCGGAGCCAGGCAAUCUUCACCAUCAGAACGGAGGCACACAGCUGCGGGCUCUCACCUUUGACAUGGGGUGUUCAUCACAGGAGCAUGUUUGACAUCUGGGGCCAGAGUAAGAGCCCACUAAUUUACGGAAGCUCUGAACUGCCAUGGUCACAGAGGACUGAUGAAGAACCAAGGCAGCACGGCCAGCAUUGGCUUCCCCUCUCCAACAGGAGACAGCAGCGUCCAGGUGUACCAUGACUACCAGAAGGUGGCUUUUAAGAUGAACCCCGGAAACGGCCAUGUGGUGGACGGUGACCCCAGCCGCAGGAGGGAGCAGCUCUGUUACAGAGAGGAGGCGGACAACAUGUCUCCUGUCCUCAACAGCCACAGAAGCUCCCCCUGGAUGCUGGACUCGAGCAGCCAGGCCUACUCAGGAGCAGAGGACUCCACUGACGCCCAGGAGACCAUGACUGAGACCUCCACUCUCACCUACAUGGAGGGCAACAUCAUGGAGGACUCAGGGCAGAACAGUCUUCAGGGCGUGGAGGUGAUCCAGCUGAAGGAGUUUGUGCUGAUCGAUGACGACGACGACGGGGACAUGUCCCUGCGGGAGAAAACGGUGAUAGACCUGACGGUGGCGGACAGGAGGGCGGCCGAGCUGGUUUGCGGCCGCCUGCUCUCCACCUCCAGCGGCUCCAUGUCAGAGUGCAAGGAGGAGGCUCUGAGUCCAGAGUUGACCCCUGUGGAGGAGAGAGAGCCGCUGGCCACGUCUCAGCGCUGCUGCUCCUGCUGCAUUCUAUGACCCAUCAGGAGGUCCAAGGUCUGGAUCUCCAGUCCUCACAGUGAAGCACAAGACUCUCGGCCUUUACAGAACUAUUUUGAAUAUUAGAGUCAUUUAGAUUUGGUAUCAGUGUUUCUGUCCAUUAUCUGGUGAGAAUUUCAACGACCAUUUUGAAAAAAAACUUUGUAUCAUUUUGAUAAAUAAGUGUGUGCACACUCCUUGACUGAACCCCAUGAACCCCAAACGUUCACCUCCCAUUCCGUGAUAGAGACGUGGAAUCACUGUGCUGUCUUGCUUCUUCUCUGACGGAUGUUGAAAGUCAGCUACUGUGACUGCAUCAGGGUCAGUAUUCACUGCAAGAUGAGGCACUCUGUGUCUGGGAAAUCACAAGUAUUGUACUUGUCCAUUACCUCCAUGAAAUCCGCCCCUCUGUUAGCUUUUAAAUAAAGUGAU